AGCAAGCCAUAGGUAAAACAACACAAGAAGAUUCUAGUGUCUCCACAUAUUUCACGAAGAUGAAAGCACUAUGGGAUGAACUUAGUUCUGUCUCUACUGUGCAGCCUUGCACUUGUGGCCAUGGAAAAGCGAAUGCUGCUCUCCACCAACAAGAUCGUGCCAUGGAGUUCCUUCAAGGCCUCCAUGAGCGCUAUUCUAGUCUGCGAAGUCAGAUUCUUUUAAUGGAGCCAUUUCCAAGUGCCGCCAAGAUUUAUGCUCUCGUGCGACAAGAAGAGAAGCAACAGGAAAUACACUCUUCAACCCCUUCAGUUACCAUGCCCGAAGCUGCUGCACUGACAGCCAACUCAGUUUCUACCAACGGCAAAGAAAAUUGGUCUGCACCCUCUCAGAAUCGUGCUAAUGUUAGCGCCAAUUUUAGGGGUCAUCAUCCAAACCGAUCAUCCAAUCGGUACGAUGUAAAUUCUAAUCAACGCAACAUUGGUGGAGAUCAUCGCCAAACCGGGAAACCACGGAUGCACUGUGAUUACUGUGAUCGUGACAACCAUAACCGAGAUACAUGUUAUAGGUUGCAUGGUUAUCCCACAGAUAAACCAAGGAGUUCUUCAAAUAACCGCAGACUUUCAAGUUCCUCUUCUUCAGGAGCUUCCCGACCCAACGACCGAGCAAUGGUCGCUGCUCCAUUGAUAACUCAGGACCAAUACAACAAUAUUUUGGCCGUACUUUCACCAGGUAGCACCAAUUUGAAUGCCAACUUAGCAGGACCUGUUCGCGAAGAAGACGAUUGGGAUGGGUAGUGUACAUGGUAACCUUUACUAUCUUCAAGCUCCUGUUGUACUGCUUGUUACCGGGACUCCCGCUAUUGAUAUUUGGCAUUGGCGGCUUGGACAUCCA